UGUCCCCCUUUGGAUAUAAGAGUACAACACAGUUUUUAGGCACAAUACUCUACUGCCUGUCAGACUGGCCAGCACACGUGUACUGUGAAGAUGCUUGCGUCUUGUGAAUGAAGCUCUGGUCUCUGUAGAUUUCUGCACUGGAAGCCAAGACAUUUCCAAUUGCCGAAGGAGAAACUUUUGAACUUCUUGGAGGAGCUGGACAUUUAUUAGUGGCCCGACGCUUUUACCCAUGGAUCCAUCAGCAAGUAGCUGUAUGCGAAGCAGCCACUCAGGUGCCCCUCUAUGGGGCUGUAUGCGAAAUCCGCAAGGGGAUCUGAAUUCAGCCUCUCCCUUGCACCCUUACCAACAAGUCUCAUUCUUUCAUCAGAAGCCGGACUAUGCGGCAUACUCAGAUUUCUCUGCGUCAUGCCUAGCGACAGCACCCCACAGCUUCCCUCGAGAAGAGAGGUUGUAUGCAGAACAGCAUCACACGUUUCAUCACUCAGAUUGGCACUUUCCAGCUGCAGAAGCCCGGAGGCGACUGAACCCCGAACUGGGCUUGAGCUCAGGAGAAACAGAAAGCAGCAGUCCGAAUUUGGUAGACGGCUCGGGGUGCAUCAACGAAGAAUAUGGGGUGUCAAGUGAAGCAUCUCAAGAGACAGAGAAAAAGACUUUAAAGAGGAAAAAAGACAUCGCAGAAAAUGGUGAUACUGUCACCAAACCAGAAACAAACAGCAAAGCCAGAAAAGAAAGAACAGCCUUCACCAAAGAACAGCUGAGGGAGCUGGAAGCUGAAUUUGCUCAUCAUAAUUACCUGACCCGACUCCGAAGAUACGAGAUAGCUGUGAACCUCGACCUCACUGAAAGACAGGUUAAAGUUUGGUUCCAGAACCGAAGAAUGAAGUGGAAACGUGUCAAAGGUGGACAGCCAGUGUCUCCAAAUGAUCAAGAUGCAGAUGACUUAGACUCUACAGCAUCCCCCAGCUCUGAAUAGCAUGCUUACAGCAUGCUCCAUGAACUUUAGUAUCGUACUUCCACAAGACAACUCUGCAUUCUUGGUCUUCCAACCUUGAUCACACUGGUUAACCAAGCUAGUAUGAUUUUACCUUUUUCCUUUGCAGAUACAUUUAUCCUAUGUUUCUUAUUUGAAAACAUAAUGGGUAGGAUCCCAGAGGUCGGGAAAUGCAUUUUUAGACUUUUCAAUGCUUUCACAAUCAUAAAAUGUCCCCAACUUAUAGUUGUAAGCUAUCUCAGACAUCUUUGUAUACGGAAAAUGUAUAUUGAAAUUGGUAUAGUAAUAAUAUUUUUGUACUACUUUUCCACAAGGUUCCUCUAUCUUGAAAUGCAUAAAAAGAAGCCCAUCUCAUGAACUUAUUUCUGGCAGGUCUCAGACUGAAAUUUCUAUGUAUUUCUUCAUAAUCAGACAAGUUCAUCUCAUAUUUUUAUUAACUGUUCAACUGAAUAAGAUGCCAAAAUAAUUCUUUUUUUUUUUUACCCCAAGACAAACAAUGUUUUAUGUUGUUUUUUUUACAUUUUUUUUAUUGUAUU